GACGACGACUACAUGAAGGUGUUGCACCCGUCAGACGAAGUGAAGGGUGGCAUCCAGGCGGAGGCCGACACGCUGGGACCGGACAGGGACAUGACGCCAUACCCCGACGAGCUGGAUGAGGGCGCUCUUCUGCACGUGAAGUCGUGCUGGCGCAUCAGUGGCGACCCAGAGUACGUGCAGCUCAUCAACGAGCUGCAGGAGCGGCAGCUCCAGGAGCGCGAGGCGGCAGGCGGGCUCCUUCCGCCGCAUCAUCCCACCGUUCUGGCCUUCGCUGGCAGCGGGGCUCCGAAGGGCUACGAUGGCAAUGGCGAGAUCGAGAACAUGCCCCUCGUCAGGACGAACCUUCCCAGGGACGAUGCAAAACCCGACGACAGGUACCGCGUCCGGCUGCACGUCCGCGGCCAGAAGAAGAUGGUCGAGUGGGUGAAGUUGGACGAAAGCGAUGGCCGCACUCUUCUUCCAGGAGGACGAUAA